AUGAAGGUCAUAUUCAUUUUGGGUACAAUUUGCCUUAUGGCAUUACCUGCCAAAAUGGAACCAUUUAGGUUACCAUCGGUUUUCCCCCAUCCAGCAUUUCCCAGCCAUCAUUUCCCUCGGCCAAAUUCACAUCAUUCGGGACCAGUGUGUGGUGUCUUAAAUGGUUACUAUAAAACCUUUCACAGCCUGCAGGAAUUUUUGGAUUACAAUAAAAAUGGUUAUAGUUUUACAUUUUAUUGUAAUGGACCAUGCCCACCGAGUCAUUAUCCUUGUUCGCAGGUUUAUGAACCUGUGUGUGCCACCGAUUUGCGGACAGCUAAAACAUUUAGCAGCCCAUGUGCCUUGGCUGAGGAAAGUUACAAAAGUGGAAUAACUUGGGUAAAAAUUGCCGAUGGUCCAUGUCCUUCUCCAAGUAUCACAACUACUAGCACGACCACCACCACAACUACUACUACUAAAGCACCAACAACUGCUGAAGAGCCAACUACUGAGGAGGUAACUACGAAAGAAGUGACAUCUACCGAAGAGGACACAACUCCUGAGCCAUCAACGUCAGAACCAACAACUCCUGAGCCAUCAACGUCAGAACCAACAACUCCUGAGCCAUCAACGUUAGAACCAACAACUCCUGAGCCAUCUGCUCCUGAAUCAACAACUCCCGUACCCACCACAACUCCGGAAGUACCAUCUCCUGAGGAAACCACCUCUGUUGUCACUGCCCUACCAGAAGAAGACGACGAACCAUGCCAACCCAGCUUACCAGUUGGAGUAUUGGCACCCAGUGUUCAAGCUGGUCCCAUAAUUUCAUUUAGAAAUAAUGUAGACAAUAAUUAUGGAAUUUAUGCUGAAGGAAAUGUCUAUAACACUGCACCCUGUAAUAACAAACAGAACUGCAAUACAAAGGGUUAG